AUGGCAAUCAAGGAGAUCCCAGACACUUCCAAAUGGCGUAUUAUAUCCAGUUCUGUAAUCUUAGAUCCCAAAUAUGCUGUCAAGGAGCUUUUAGACAAUGCGAUAGACGCCGGAGCCACCAAUAUCUACAUUGAUGUCGAUGCAAGGACCAGUGGUUGCAACUACAUCAGUGUCAGAGAUGAUGGUUCCGGUGUCAAUGCAGAAGACAGGGCACUCAUGUGCUCAAAACACUCGACAAGCAAGAUAAGUUCGCUGAGGGAUCUUUCGAAUCUGAGUUCAUUGGGCUUCAGAGGACAAGCAUUAUUCUCUUUGUCCAAUUUGGCCAACCAAAAGGGCUCCAUGCAAAUAAUAACUAGGACCAACAAUGAGAAGGUAGGCGAGAAGUGGCUCGUUGAUAAAAAUGGACACAUCAAGGAGAAUACGAGGAAGAGAACCUCAUGUCCCUCUGGUACCAACGUUAUAAUCAGAAAUUUACUCCUGGGAUUGAGAGCCAGGUAUAUACAGAUAUCUUCACGAGCUCCAAAAAACAACGACGAGAUUCAUCGCCUCAUUAAUCACUAUGCUUUGAACUUUCGAUCUAUCCGUUUUCACUUCUAUCUCGUCAGUGUUGAAAAGACUGGUCUGGUUACCAAGAGGCAACUUCAGGGAUCUCUGGGUACAAACCUUUCAAGGGUAAGAGCGCUCUCCGCCAUAGCACAAUUGAAGAACACGGCCUCUGAGAACUUUUUGGUCAAAAAUGAUCUUACAGUGACCAACCUUGUACAUUUAGAUGUCAUACUACCGAGUAAGCAAUCUCCAUCGGAUAUCGUUAGCCUAAAGAGGGCCAGAAAAUUUCUGUCUGUAAACAAUAGAGCAAUGUCACUUCGUUUAAACUUUGGGGGAUCUAUAAAAAAGAUUAUCAACAAGGUCUACCGCAGUUUGAAUUUACCUGAACCAAUGGCAUGGUACAUCAAUCUUAAAUGUGAUACAAAACUACUAGACCUCAAUGUCGAGCCAGGAAAAGAUGACGUGCUCAUCAAAGACACGGAACUCAUCAUGAAUGGGAUAGAAAAGUGCCUAUUUUCCUACAUCACCGAUACGGUUGGAGACACAGAAAUAAAUAAUAUCGAUGGUUUUGAUGCAGAGGGCAAUGAUCAGUCUACAGUGGUCAGGGACGUAGAUGUGGUGCGUAAAAGUAUUACUCAAGGAUACAGUCUCGCCUCAAGCAGACCAGAGAGCCAUGAAUGUCUAGAUUAUCGGGCUGGCAAUCCAACUGACCAAAGGCCGACAGACGGCAUAACGAUCUUAUCACCUCAAAUAGACAAUAUGACUGUUGAUAGCGGCGGUCGAAACCGAAAACGUACUUCGACAUCAGACCUGUUAAAUUCUGAUGAUAACAGAUGGAAGCGAAACCUGAUCUCUGAUGAAUGUAUUAACAGUCAGGACUCGAGAGGAUCUGAUUUGCCAUCUUCUUUGACGUAUAAUUACGAAACGCCUCAGGCUACAGAUGAAGACAUGGUUUUGGCAAAGGAUGUUUCACUUUCAAAUCCUUUCAUGACUGCAAAGCUACGAAAAGUUGACCAUAAAUUGAACCAGAAAAGAGACUCAAAUAAUAUGAACUCUAAUUUUGUCAAACACACUCCAAAUGAAGAGUUCUCACUGAAACCCAAGGUUCAACAAAGAAUGGGCAUUAACGAUGGUAUACCGGCUAAAAAAGUCAUAUCAAAGAAAGACCUUGAAGACAGUGAGUGUUCUUCACCUAACGAGACAACUUUGGUAGAUGACGGAAGCAAGGAUGACAGAGCUUUGAUAACGAGAGAGAGAAUUGACAUGUUUUCUGAGUCCACCCAGGGCCUGACAAUCACGAUGCGAUAUAAUUUGGACAGAGCUGGAAAGGCUGAAUAUAAAGAAGAGCUCAAAUGGCUAGCUAGGGAUGAGGAUCCAACUCAUACUAUAUCAAGAAGUCUUAUGUACUUCUCAGGUGCUUUCAGAAACAAGCAAAUUUCACUGUCACGAGCAAACGACGAAUGGUUUAAACUGACAGUUUGA